AUGGGAGACUGGUCUAUUCUCGGCCGCUUCCUCACAGAGGUGCAGAACCACUCCACCGUCAUCGGCAAGAUCUGGCUGACGAUGCUGCUGAUCUUCCGCAUCCUGCUGGUGACGCUGGUGGGCGACGCCGUCUACAGCGACGAGCAGUCCAAGUUCACCUGCAACACCCUGCAGCCCGGCUGCAACAACGUCUGCUACGACACCUUCGCCCCCGUCUCACACCUGCGCUUCUGGGUCUUCCAGAUCGUGCUCGUGUCCACGCCGUCCAUCUUCUACAUCGUCUACGUGCUGCACAAGAUCGCCAAAGACGAGAAGCUGGAGCUGGAGACGGUGCACGUGCAGAACAAGCGCCCCCUCGGUGAUUACCUGGGCCGGCUGGAGAGAGAGAGGGACAGGGAGAGGGAGAGAGGGGAGACCUAUGGCAAGAGCCCAGGGCUGCCCUACGGGGGUCCACACUACGAGGAAGAGUGGGCUCCCCAUGAGGAGGAGUGUGUUGAGCGAAUUCUCCUCGAGGACGACUACGGGGAGGUGGGGAAGGACCCCACGGAGCUCUCCAGCAAGGUCCUGCUCAUCUACAUCGUCCACGUGGUGCUGCGGUCCAUCAUGGAGAUCACCUUCCUGGUGGGCCAGUACUACCUGUUCGGCUUCGAGGUGCCGCACCUGUUCCGCUGCGAGACCUACCCGUGCCCGACGCGCACGGACUGCUUCGUGUCGCGCGCCACCGAGAAGACCAUCUUCCUCAACUUCAUGUUCAGCAUCAGCCUGGGCUGCUUCCUGCUCAACAUCGUGGAGCUGCACUACCUGGGCUGGGUGUACAUCUUCCGCGUGCUCUGCUCCGCCUGCUCCGUGUGCUGCCGGCCGGAGAGGGACCCCGUGGAGCACAUGGGCCUCUACGCCGACCACAACCCGCUGCUGCUGCAGCUGGAGCACUCCCUGCGGGGCCGCCUCAUCCUGCAGACGCCCACGCCCAUCGCCCAGGAGAAGGCCGGCGGCGGACUGCUCACCCACGCGCCCGCCAUCUCCUUCGAGACGGACUCCACGGUGGAGUGCACGUCCAAGCGGAGCGCCGAGGAGAUGGAGCGCAUGAGGGCCAAACUGACCAACAUGGCCUUGCUGGGCCGUACCAAGAAGUCCUGGCUAUGA